AGCGUGGCCUGGCCGAACGCAUCGCACAGGCUAUCACCGAGUGACUUAGUUCUAUGUGCCCGUGCUGCCCACGACUGCCGCCAUGGGGAUUAGGAUUACCUUCUUAGCGCUCUGCGUGCUGGCGUGGGCGUCGGUGGGCCGGGCGUCCCCCGCCCCGCGCGGCAUCCUCUACACGCUGCUGCGCGACAACGUGGCCGGCGCGCCGGUGGUGCACGAGAAGCAGCAGUGGUCCUUCGACCCGGACGUGGGGCUGCGGCGCCGCGACGAGUUCCAGCGCAUGCACGGCUACCGCGCCUACAACCUGGUGGAGCAGGCCGGGCUGGGCGAGGACGGCCGCAUGGAGGAGCGGCGCCAGCAGCAGGCGUACCGAGACUCGUUCCCGGUGCCGCCCGAGCGCGACUGGCAGCCCGGACAGCCCCAGCCGCCCCUGCGCAGUUCCAGGAGCCCCGGCCGCGCCGCCGGCACGCGCACCCUGCGCAGCCCGCGCUUCGGACUCCUCGGGAUGCUGCUCUAGAGCUCUAGUCAGGUGGUGGCGGCGUUGGUGUGCCUCGCCCCGGCCAGCGAGGCGACCAUCCCGCAACCCCGAGCGCCCAACUUCCAGUAUUUUGAAAGGCCGCAGUACCGGUACCCGUACUACGACGCGGCGGGCCGGGGCCGCCU